AUGGCGAUGCAGAAAAUGGCUGGACGAGGAGUGUCGUGGAGGGAGAGGGAGACACUGGAUCUCAUCGACUUCUGGGGAGAGGAGAAGGUCCAGGAGUCACUGUCAAUGUGCCACAGAAACAUAGACGUCUUCGAAAAGAUCGCGGAGCAGAUGGCGGCAAGAGGGCACAAGCGCACGGCUUUGGAAUGUCGGACGAAGACCAAAGCGAUGCGCCAAGAAUACAAACGAGUGGUGGCACACAACUCCAAAUCCGGAAAUGCACCCACAACGUGCCCAUAUUAUGCCCAGCUACAUCGUAUCUUCAGGGGCGAUGCCAGCAUCAGGCCACAACGGGUGGCCAGAAGCCUCUCCCUUCCGCGCGCCGACACUCCGAGACCAGUUCAAUUUGAGGGGUCUGAGGAACUGUUUAGCCACCCGAUGGUGACCCUGAAUCUACAAUCUGUGGAUGUCACAGCAGACGAUCAAGGGGCUGCAUCUGACCAGGAACAAUUGAUGGCAGCAUGUGAUGGGGGAGAGGUGGGAGAAGAAGAUUCGGACUUGACUCAGGUGGAUGAAAUCCCGGAGGAGCAUGAGGACGGCAGUCGUCAAAAUGUGGUCGCUGAAAAUCAGCCCGUUGAAACCGCACCAAAAACCACGGCACAGAUGUCGCCUGCAUCUCGGCUAGAAAAGGCUAGAACCCGAAGCAGACGUGUGGCCUUGCUUAGCACCGUGGCAGAAAAGAUGUUGUCUCAGGCAGAGAGAGAGGAGAACAACAAUGCCAAGGAAAGAAAACAGACAUUGACGGAGAGCCGAGAGUGGCGCAUGCAAUUUCUGGAAGCGGAGCAGAGAAGGCAUGAGGACACUAUGAGGGAGGCACAAGAAGACAGAAAGGCUUUCAUUGAGGCGCAGCAGCAGAACUUUGAGGGCAUCAACAGAGCGGUCAGUGCCUUAAGCUCCCUAACCGAAAUUUUGCUGGGGGGAAACCGUGAGCUGAGUCACCAAGCCAUGCCAGGACAAUCAUCUGGAAGGGGAAGUGUGCAUAGAUCUCCACAGGAGAACCCACCCAGAAAGAGGUGCCGUGUGAUUAAACCCAGCAAGAAAUUUGAUUUGUGAAAAACCUUUGAAAUCUGAAAUAUUACUCCUUUCUGGGGAAGUUGAACAGGGCAUGGGACAAGGCCAAAUUCAUUCCCCCUUUCCCUUUUUUCACUCUCCCACACACCCGCUGAGAGUGUGGAAUUGCCAGGAUCAACCCAUCACAGCCCCAGGGACACAAAAUUGGAGGGGGGAAGAGGAGGAGAGGCAGGGGGAAAGAACAACUCAAUUUCAUUGAGUCAUCAGAAAAGGGAGAUUGUUUGGUCCCGGUCACUUCAUGCGAAAGUUGACUUCGGCAAUAAAUAAAC